AGUUUUUCUGAAAAAUAAAAAAUGGCAGAUCCAAAGUAUGCAAAUUUACCCGGAAUUGACCAUAAUUCUCCAGAUGUCUAUGAGACUUCUGAACUCCCUGAGUCGGAACAGCAACAUUCUGUUGAGGAUGAGAGUGAUGCAGUUGAAAAACUUGGUGUAGAUGCUAAAGAAGCAUUUGGCAAGUUCAAAGACAAGUCAAUAGAUGGCAAAGCUGUUGAUUUCUCAGACAGGGUCAGUAGGAGUGUUAGGACAGGGUAUGAUGCUAGAACAGAAUAUGAACUGGCUGGAUUGGGAGCAAAAGAGACACCUUUACAGAAGUUCCAGAGGCUGCAGAGUGAGAUACAAGAAUUGGCUGAGGAAGUUAAUCAGCUUCAGGCCACUGUGAAGUCAGAGAAAUCCAAUGACAAAACUAACCCGGUGGUGGUAGCCGGGCAGGUGGAAUAUCUCCAAAACCAGUUGACUGAUCUCCACCUGGAGAAAACAUUGGGACCUGAUGCUCAGAUAGAUCUAGGGGAUCCACAGGGGGCGCUGCAUAAGAGGUUGCUGACCCAUCUAGAUGCUGUAAAGACGCCCAAGCCCGCAGAGAAGGGAGGAAAGCCCACACAGAAAGAUGGCACUGAGAUCACAUAUGAAUUACACUACAAGCCUGAACAAGCAAAAUUUACACAUAAUGCUAGGUUAGCUGACUUGGAUCAAAGGCUAGAGAGGAUGGAGGCCUUGAUAGGACAGAGCCCUGAGAAAAUGUCUGCUCUUACAUCUGAUACAGACUCUAAAAGCAUAUUGGGUGCAGUGCAAGCAAUCAGUGCAAGGAGCAGUCUAUUGGAACCUGACCACCUUGACAGUAUAGAGGGAAGACUGCAAGCACUCUCUCAGAGACUGGCCAUUGUUACUGAAAAGAAAGGAGCUGUGGAAGAAGUCGAUAAACAAAACAAGGUAUCUGAAUUGUAUGAGCUUGUUAAACGCUGGGAGGCUGUGUCUAGUACCCUACCUGAAGUUGUAGAUAGAAUGUCUGCCUUGAAAGAGCUCCAUGAACAAGCCAUGCAGUUCAGCCAUGCCCUGACUCACUUGGACACAUCUCAACAAUCAAUUACCACACAGCUGUCCAGCCAUGGAACCAUGUUGAAGCAGUUGGAGGGUACGUUUAAAGCCAAUAUAGAUACAAUCAAGGCCAACUGUGCAAGCAUAGACUCUAGGAUAAAAGCCAUCAGCAAGUGAUAAUAUCAACUACAUGUAGUAUAUAUUGCUUUAUGACAGUUUGAAGGAUUAUACCAGCUCCUAAAAUAUAUAUGUGCAUGCUACUUCCCUGGGACCCUGGUUUCUUCCAUUCAACUUGAAGGGAAAAAGUGAAUUAAGUCCAAUAGCCUUAUUGGUAAUAUGCUUUGGUUUAGAGAUUCAAAUAGUGGGGGAUUUUAAAGGGAUAUCAUACAUGAUUAGCGGGGUAAAGGAUCCAAAAACAGGUGAGGCUAGUUUAAAUAGGUGAGGCAAAUAUAGAAAUAUGUGAGUUAAAUUUUAAAGUAAAGACGGAAAUAAAAUAAUGCUACUAUUGGGCAUCUUUUUCACAGUUUCAGUUAAGAUAUUUUUUCUGUAAAUUUUUGGUGAAGCAAUUAGAUCACCUGCCUUUACCUGGUUAGUAGUGACUACUCCUAUGGUUUUCAACUCUAUUACGAGCUAACUUAAGAAAUGUGUGAGAAAGUAACAUUUUGAGCACUGAUGUAAAUAUGCUAAAUGAAACAUUGCCAAUACUCAAAUGCUGUCUUAAUUACAUUGAAUAUUUACCAUCUCGAAUAACUUAAGACACCAUGUGCAGUGAUCUCCCCAGGUGGCAUGAAAUGUUUAACUUUCAAGAGUGCAUCACUCAGUUGUGUUGUUCUAAUGCUGGGGAGAUCACUACUGUUUGUAGUCUAGACCUGGAAAUAUAGUUAGUUAGGCCUAACUUGAUAUUGUUUGUAUUGAAGAAUAUCUGAAGAAUAUAUACUUUUAAAAAACAUAAUCACUAGCUUUUACCACUGAAUACAUGUGGUUUGUGCACUAUGGGUAAUUAUAGACCUUCACCUCUAGAAAAUUGGAUCCUAUCCAUUUGAGAUCAGCUUCAGAUUUAUAUAAAGCUUGAUAUAAAAUGGUGGGAAUAUGUAUGGCCUUGUAUAUUAGUACUUCCUCUUGAAUACCAGAGCAUUCUUCAGUUUUUGCCAUUUUACAACAUAAUAUUUGAUAUUCAUAAUGUAUUGAAUGUUAAUGUUAGUGAUCGAACAUAGACAAAUUUCACACAUUCAAAUGAGUAGUACUGCCUACUAAAAAACAAAGUAAAAGUUGUGUAACUGAUAUAGAGGUAAAAACGGUGCUUGUUAAUGUAUAUCAUAUUUAGCAUUUUUCAUCAUGAUAGGCUUAUGUCUGAGGUGUGUCUAAUAAAAUACUGUAAUGCUGUUGCAUUGUUGCAAAGCAUGGCCAUCAACCAUGCUGAUGUUAAUGAAGAUCAAUCCGUAUCAUAAUUUAUUUAUUACUUUUUCUUCCAUUAUGUAAUAUGAAGAAUAAAUGUCAUGUAAACUAUAUAUGAAACACAUAGUUUUGUUUGCAUUAAGUGAUUUAACUUCAAAAUGAGCUUUCAAUUGACCUGAUGUUUAGCCUUGUCCCAUAUUGCUAUCAAGAAUCUUUCUU